UGUACCCGGCUACUGUUGUCCCCAUUCUCCUUUCCAGUGUCCUGGGGUCACCCCAGCCCUGCCACUGCCCCUUUCUUCUACAGGAUGACACGGCAUGGUAAGAACUGCACUGCAGGAGCUGUCUAUACCUACCACGAAAAGAAGAAAGACACAGCUGCCUCAGGGUAUGGCACCCAGAACAUUCGACUGAGCCGGGAUGCUGUGAAGGACUUUGACUGCUGCUGUCUCUCACUGCAGCCCUGUCAUGACCCUGUGGUGACCCCAGACGGCUACCUGUAUGAACGGGAGGCCAUCCUGGAGUACAUCCUGCACCAGAAGAAAGAGAUUGCCCGGCAGAUGAAGGCCUAUGAGAAGCAGAGAGGAGCCCGGAGGGAAGAGCAGAAACAGCUUCAAAGAGCUGCAGCACAGGACCAAGUUCGAGGCUUCCUGGAGAAGGAGGCAGCCAUCGUGAGCCGGCCCCUCAACCCCUUCAUGCCUAAGGCUGCCCCUCUACCCAACACAGAUGGUGAGCAGCCAGGGCCCAGUUCAGGUCCACCUGGCAAGGACAAGGACAAAGCGCUGCCCAGCUUCUGGAUCCCCUCACUGACACCUGAGGCAAAGGCCACCAAGCUGGAAAAACCAUCCCGCACCGUCACCUGCCCGAUGUCUGGGAAACCGCUACGCAUGUCAGACCUGACGCCAGUACGCUUUACGCAGCUGGACGAUUCCGUGGACCGCGUGGGGCUCAUCACACGCAGUGAGCGCUAUGUGUGUGCAGUGACCCGAGACAGCCUGAGCAAUGCCACACCAUGUGCAGUGCUGCGGCCUUCGGGGGCUGUGGUCACUCUGGAGUGCGUGGAGAAACUGAUCCGGAAGGACAUGGUAGACCCUGUGAAUGGGGACACAUUGACAGAGCGGGACAUCAUUGUGCUGCAGCGGGGUGGCACAGGUUUUGCGGGCUCAGGAGUGAAGCUACAGGCAGAAAUGUCCCGGCCAGUGAUGCAGGCCUGAGCCAUAACCUAAUAAACCUGCCUGAACCCUGGCGACAGGAGCCUGGCAAUCUAGUUUCCUCCAGCCUCAGUAAGGAUCUGGGAGAGGGCACUCUGCCCAGGAAGUGCAGGGGUUCAGGGCAUAACACACCCCCCAGGCCAGCUACCUGAAGAGACCCCUAGACAUGGACCUGCCCACCAUGUGCCCUUAGGGAUCCCUUGCAGACCCAGCACACUGGCACAUACAGUCCUGCCCUCACCUCCUUCCCCAGAGAACAUCUCUCAAGAAUCCCAACUUCCAGAUGGGUGGUGGUGAUGGCGGCACAGGCCUUUAAUUCUAGCACUUGGGAGGCAGAGGCAGAUGGAUCUCUGAUUCAAGGCCAGCCUGGUCUCCAGAGAGAGUUCCAGGACAGCUGGAACUACACACUGAAACCCUGUCUUGGAAAACCAAAAAAAAAAGAACCCCAAGUCCCCUGAGUAUUUCCAGCUUACCUACACCUCCCCUAGCCCCUAAACUUGUUCAAAAGUGAUACAGAGUACCUCCAGAUCCACACAAAACUUAAGGCUUCCUUCUUCCUUUCCAUUUUUUAUUGGGAAGGGCACACACAGGCGAGUGUUCAAGAGUUCCUGUCUUUUAAUUAAAAAGCAAAAGUUGGUGAUGUGUGUCUGUGGGGAGGGUUUGUGUGUGUGCGUUCAAAGCCUACACAAGCCUAGUGACCUGUAGGACCCCCUGGGCUGAAGUUACUGGCAGUUUUAAACAGUUUGGUUUCGAUGCUGGGACCUGCGAGUGCUCUUAACCAUUGAGCCAUGUGCAGCCCCAAGUAUCUCAUCCCAAGGAAAGUGUGUCGGCCCAUGCUUUCACCCCAACACUGGGGGGGUGGCGCUGAAGCAGGAGGAUUGCUCCAAAUUUUAGCCUAGCCUGUGCUACAUAAGACUGGCUCAUGCCUUUAAUCUCAGCACUUGAGAGGCAUGCCUGGUCUACAGAGCUAGCUCAAGGACAACCAAGGCCACACAAAGAAACCUUGUCUGGAAAAAACAAAGACCUUGGCUGUGCAGUGAUGAAUGUGGUAAAAGAUGUUUUUUAGUAUGUGGCUUUAUAAUUUCACAUCCUGGAAGUCUGUUGCCAAUAUUUAAAGAUAAAAUGUAUUCCUGGCA